UACGCCCUCGCGGGCGACUCCGGCGUUCGGCGACUCCAGGGAGCCGCGAGGAUGGCGCUGGGUGAAGGCGCGGCCGCGGGCUCGCUGGAGGAUGAGGCGGAGGUGGACGCGCUGGCCCUGGGCAGCGCCCUCGAGGCGUUCGGCGAGAGUGAGGAGACGCGCGCGCUGCUCGGCCGCCUGCCGGCCGUGCUGAACGAGCGCGUGGCCGGGGAGGCGCUCCUGGAGCGGUUCCGAGCAAUAAUGGACAAAUACCAGGAGCAGCCGCACCUGUUGGACCCACACCUUGAAUGGAUGAUGAACAUCUUGUUGGAUCUUGUGAGAGAUAAGGCAUCCCCAGCUGACCUUGUACAUCUGGCUUUUAAAUUCCUUUAUAUCAUCACUAAGGUUCGAGGAUAUAAAACAUUUCUGCGUUUAUUUCCUCAUGAAGUAGCUGACGUGCAGCCUAUUUUAGACAUGUUUACGACUCAGAACCCCAAGGACCAUGAGACGUGGGAGACUCGCUACAUGCUUUUGCUGUGGCUCUCUAUGAUCUGCCUGAUCCCUUUUGAUUUUUCACGUCUUGAUGGGAACCUCACUCAACCUGGACAGACUCGGAUAUCCGUCAUGGACCAGAUUCUUCAAAUAGCAAAGUCCUACUUGCUGGUCAGUGACAAGGCCCGUGAUGCAGCUGCUGUUCUUGUGUCCAAGUUUGUUACACGGCCUGACGUCAAGCAGAAGAAGAUGGAGCACUUCUUGGACUGGAGUCUGUGUACUUUGGCCCACUCUUCCUUCCAGACCAUGAUUGGCGUCAUCACCAUGGACGGAAUGCUGCAGGCCCUGGCACAAAUAUUUAAGCAUGGAAAACGUGAAGACUGUCUGCCCUAUGCUGCUGUUGUUCUUCGCUGCCUGGAUGGCUGCAGGCUCCCCGAAAGCAAUCAGACUCUGCUCCGGAAAUUGGGGGUGAAGCUUGUGCAGCGGCUGGGCCUCACCUUCCUGAGACCCAGGGUGGCCAAGUGGAGGUACCAGCGUGGGUGCCGCUUGUUGGCCACCAACCUGCAGCUGUCCAGUCAGAAUCAGAGUGAGCUGGGACAGACACAGAACCCCAAGGAUCCCAAGGUGGAGGAGGAGGAUGACGAUGACAGCGAUGUCCCUGAGGAAUUAGAGAGUGUGAUUGAGCAGCUGCUGGGCGGGCUGAAGGACACGGACACUAUUGUGCGGUGGUCUGCAGCUAAAGGGAUUGGCAGGAUUGCGGGAAGGCUUCCCAAAGAGCUGGCGGAUGAUGUGGUGGGGUCUGUGCUGGAUUGCUUCAGUUUCCAGGAGACGGACAGUGCCUGGCAUGGUGGGUGUCUGGCGUUGGCGGAACUGGGCAGAAGAGGCUUGUUGCUUCCAUCGCGACUUGAGGAUGUGGUGGCCGUGAUCCUGAGGGCACUGACGUAUGAUGAAAAGCGAGGAUCCUGCAGUGUGGGCGCCAAUGUCCGUGAUGCUGCCUGCUACGUGUGCUGGGCCUUUGCACGCGCCUACGAUCCCAAGGAGCUGCAGCCCUUUGUGGCCUCCAUUUCCAGUGCUUUGGUGGUUGCUGCUGUGUUUGACCGGAACAUAAACUGCAGGAGAGCUGCCUCGGCUGCUUUCCAGGAGAAUGUGGGGAGACAGGGCACGUUCCCACAUGGGAUCGACAUUUUGACUGCGGCUGACUACUUUGCUGUUGGUAACAUUUCUAACUGUUUCCUCACUAUCAGCGUGUUUAUCGCCGGCUUUCCGGAGUACACACAGCCCAUUAUAGACCACCUGGUGACCAGGAAGAUCAGCCACUGGGAUGGGGUCAUCAGAGAGCUGUCAGCAAAGGCCCUGCAUAACCUUACCCAGCAGGCACCCAGCUACAUGGCCACACACGUUCUCCCACGACUGCUGUCCAUGGUGCAGAGCUCGGACCUGCAUGAGCGCCAUGGAGCCGUGCUUGCCUGUGCCGAGGUCGCUCACAGCCUGCAUAGCCUGGUGAAGCAGGAGUGCAGGCCCAUCACUGACUACCUGGAUGCAGAGGCACUGCAAGGCCUGAAGAGGAUCCACCAGCAGUUUUACGAGCGUCACUUAUACAGGGGUCUUGGAGGAGAACUCAUGAGACAGGCAGUGUGCACCCUGAUAGAGAGACUCUCACUGUCCAAGAUGCCCUUCAGAGGAGACCCGGUCAUUGAGGGCUGGCAAUGGCUCAUCAGUGACACGCUGAGAAGUCUCCGUCUCUUCUCCAGCUCUUCCAGACAGCGCAUCAAGGAAGCUGCUGUCUCGGCCUUCGCUGCCCUCUGCAGCGAGUACUACAGGGAGGAGCCCGGGGCAGAGCCCCCCGCUGUUCAGGGGGAGCUCAUACAGCAGUUUCUUACCGAGCUCCAGCAUCCAGAGGAGAUGACGCGCUGUGGCUUCUCACUGGCCUUAGGUGCACUGCCAGACUUCUUGCUGAAGGGCCAGCUCCAGCAGGUUCUCGAAGGCUUAGCGGCCGUCACCCACAUUUCUCCCCAGGAUGUGAGCUUUGCUGAGGCGAGGCAGGACGCCCUGAAGGCCAUCGGCAGGAUCUCCCGGACGGUGGGCGUGUGUGCGGAGGGGUCCCCGGACGAGACUGUGUGCAGAGGGAACGUGGCAGAGGUAUACAGCACGCUGCUGGCCUGUAUGCAGGACUACACCACCGACAGCCGCGGCGAUGUUGGUUCCUGUGUCCGCAAGGCCGCCAUGACCAGCCUGAUGGAGCUGACGCUGAUAUUAGCGACAAGUGAGCCUGGCCUGCUGGAUGCUGGCGUUUGCGAGCAGGUCAUGUGCAGCUUGGCCCAGCAGGCGAGUGAGAAAAUUGACUGCGUCCGUGCACACGCUGCCAGUGUUUUCAUGACUCUCCUCUACCCUGAGGGUCCCCCUGUCCCCCAUGUGCCCCACCGAGAGGAGCUGGAAAAGCUUUUCCCCAGGGAAGAUGUCACUUCUGUGAACUGGGCCUCACCCUCUCAGGCCUUCCCGUGCAUCACCCAGCUCCUGGGGCUGCCUGCGUAUCGCUACCAUGUCCUGCAGGGGCUGGUGGUAUCCGUGGGCGGCCUGACGGCAUCCACGGUCAGGUUCUCCACACAGAGCCUCUUUGGGUUCAUGGAGGGGAUUCAGAAGGACAUGGGUGCUCUGGAACAGUUCAGCAGCACGCUCCUGCAGGUGUUUGCAGACAACCUUCAGAACAACAGGGUGUCUGUGCCACUACUGAAGACUCUCGACCAGAUGCUGGCCAAUAGGUGCUUUGAUAUCUUCACCACGGAGCCAGACCACCCCUUCUGUGUCAGGCUGCUGGAGCUCUGCAGAGAGACCAGGAAGUCCAGAGACAUCCAGAAGCUGCUGUCAAGCAUUGCAGUGUUCUGUGGGAUGGUGCAGUUCCCGGGUGCGGUGAGGAAGAAUGUGCUUCUGCAGCUGUUCCUGCUCCUCUGCCACCCUUUCCCCAUGAUCCGGAAGACCACGGCCAGCCAGGUGUAUGAAAUGAUGCUUACCUAUAGUGACAUCGUGGGCACCGAUGUCCUAGAUGAAGUCCUGGUUGUGCUCAGUGAUACGGCCUGGGAUGCGGAGCUGCCGACGGUGAGGGACCAGCGGAACCGCCUCUGUGACCUCCUGGAUGUGCCCAGACCUCAACUGGUAUCCAAGAAACAGCCCUACCAGAAUCCAUAAUGAAGACGAACACUUAGAAGUGGCAUACGAAGGUGGCUGAGCACAAACCAGCAGAACUAUGGAAGCUGGCACAUCUACAAUCUUCUACAGGCUGCGAAUGAUCUACAGACUGAAACGUGGGACAUCUGGAAUCCUGCCAUCAUCCUGACCAUUCGCAUGCAUGGUCUCCUUCUUAAGAAUCUGUACCUCAGUUCUAUGAAGAGUUUGUCAAUCGCACUUGGCUAUGCCCAUGCCACUUCCCAGGGUGUUGUGGCAUUGAGCACACAGGAAGGACCGGACCAGGCAGCUGGCCAGGGGGAGCUGUGCUGCCCAUGCCCUCAGCCUGUUCACUUGUGAAAAAUCCCUCUUUUAUGUUGAGAAGUUUCCCCCUUUCUUUACCACCCACCACACAAAAGAGUGAUCUAAUGUGAGUUUCUGUAUCGGAUUAAAAUCUUUUGAGCUGUGAGUGGCAAAACCUCACAGUAAUGAGCUUUAAUUACACCCUCGGGCUUGUUGGGAACUGAAUCCCUGCAGAUGCCUCAAAGCCCACCAGGAGAGCCCCAGUCUGUCCACUGCUUUGAGGACAGUCAGCACUGACGUCACUGAAAGUGUCCGCUGUGAGACACUGCCAACACUCCAGGAGGGA